CUGGGAGCGUAGGGGCCCGUCCCUGGGCGGCCUGCCUUCCCCCUCUGGGCUCGCAGUCCUCAGGGCUCGGGUCCCGCGGAGCGAACGGCCGCUGCGUGCGGGCCUGUCACGCACCGCGCGCGGGGCGCUCCAGUCCCUGGCGCCGCGCCGCCCCUCCGGAACCGACGAGCGCGGCGCCGAGCCGCGGGGGCGCCGCUCGCGGACGGACCGCACCGGAAGUGACGCGGUGGAGGUCCGCGGCCGCUGCCAUGGCGCACAUCACGAUCAACCAGUACCUGCAGCAGGUUUGAUUGUGUCAGCAUUUGGAUUUGGGUGUUCUUCUCCUGGACUGCCACAGGGCACACGUCAUCUGUUGGAUGAUGGGGUGAGGACUGUUCCUGUGCCCCAUAGCCUCGCAGGGCUGACACUGAAGGUCCUUUCCCAGGUGUAUGAAGCGAUCGACACCAGAGAUGGAGCAUCCUGUGCAGAGCUGGUAUCUUUCAAGCACCCUCAUGUUGCAAACCCACGGCUGCAGAUGGCUUCUCCAGAAGAGAAAUGUCAACAAGUUUUGGAACCCCCUUAUGAUGAAAUGUUUGCGGCUCAUUUGAGGUGCACCUAUGCUGUGGGGAACCAUGACUUCAUAGAGGCAUAUAAAUGCCAGACGGUGAUAGUCCAAUCAUUUCUGCGGGCAUUUCAGGCCCACAAGGAAGAAAACUGGGCUCUACCAGUCAUGUAUGCGGUAGCCCUGGACCUCCGUGUGUUCGCCAACAACGCAGAUCAGCAGUUGGUGAAGAAAGGAAAGAGCAAAGUUGGGGAUAUGUUGGAAAAAGCUGCUGAGCUACUGAUGAGCUGCUUUCGGGUCUGUGCCAGUGACACUCGUGCUGGCAUAGAGGACUCUAAGAAGUGGGGGAUGCUGUUCCUGGUGAAUCAGUUGUUUAAGAUCUACUUUAAGAUCAACAAACUCCAUUUGUGUAAACCCCUGAUUAGAGCCAUCGACAGCUCCAACCUGAGAGACGAUUACAGCACUGCCCAGAGGGUGACGUAYAAGUACUACGUUGGACGCAAGGCCAUGUUCGACAGUGACUUUAAGCAAGCUGAGGAGUACCUGUCGUUCGCCUUUGAACACUGCCAUCGCUCCAGCCAGAAGAACAAGAGGAUGAUCCUGAUCUACCUGCUCCCCGUGAAGAUGCUGUUGGGCCACAUGCCGACGGUGGAGCUCUUGAGGAAGUACCACCUCAUGCAGUUUGCCGACGUGACCCGAGCUGUGAGCGAGGGCAACCUGCUCCUGCUCAACGAGGCGCUGGCGAGGCACGAGACCUUCUUCAUCCGCUGUGGSAUCUUCCUCAUCCUCGAGAAGCUCAAGAUCAUCACCUACCGGAACCUCUUCAAGAAAGUGUAUCUGCUGCUCAGAACACACCAGCUGUCUCUGGAGGCCUUCCUGGUCGCCCURAAGUUCAUGCACGUGGAGGACGUGGACAUCGAUGAGGUGCAGUGCAUCCUGGCCAACCUGAUAUACAUGGGUCACAUUAAAGGCUACAUAUCCCAUCAGCAUCAGAAGCUAGUUGUCARCAAGCAAAACCCAUUCCCUCCGCUGUCGACCGUGUGCUGAGGCUUGCAGGACCUCUGGGCAGAGAGUGGCUCUCAUCUGCUGCUGUCUUGGGCUGCAGUCAGCUCUGGGCUGCACCGUUCUCUGCAGCUGGAAC